AAGGUUGUGUUGUGCCUACUGCUUGGCAAGGCCUGGAACAGGUGUGGCAGCUGCUGCUUGUCUGCUGCCUCUGCCGCAUUAUCUGCAGACUGGGUGAGUUACAUUUGCAUUUACUCUUUAUUUCUAUUUAUACUAUUUUGGAGACACUUUUACCCAAAGUGAGCAAUUAAGGGUUAACAACCUUGCUCAGGGGCAUAACGGUGGUUUUCUGGCAAUCCUCAAACUCAUAAUCUUCUAAUUACUAGAUCAGAAAAUGAACCACUUUUCCAUCAGCGCCGUAUGGAUUUGAACAGACUGACUAUUCUGGUUUGAUUUUUUUCUUGCUUUAAAAUACAAACGUUUUGGUUACAUCAUAUGUGAAUAAAUGCCAGUGGCCUGUAAAUUACUAAGUGUGUUUAUGGCACAACUGAUUUGCAUUUAGUGAUGCCCACAAACCCCCAUAAAAAAAUGACAAAUGAUUAAAUGAGCACUCCCUAAGCGUCUAAGCACUAAACCUUUCUGAUAAUGCAACUCGGCCAUUGCAGCUCAUUGGCCACCACAGGCACACACUAACUCUGUGGUGGUCUUAAUUGAAUAUCUAGUUCAUUUAUGGAUUUAUUUUCCAUCGAUUUCUUCCAGGUCAUUUAAUAUAAAAUGGCUGAAUUUCACAAAAUGUCUAUUAAUUUCCUGCGUGUAAUUGAAAUAAAGAAGCUAUUUAAACUUGACAACGAUUUAAAGUUUUGAUCCAUAUAAGGUUGCAGUAACUCAUGCCAGUUGUAACGUUUGAAGUCUAUCAGUUGAGGUGUACAUUGAGGUUUUUCAGUUCAUGUAAAGCAUCUGAGUUCAUUGGCAGGGGGCCUUUAUGUGCUGUAUGUGUUCUUUGAGCUAAACAUGAUAUGGGUGAUCACACUCAGCCUCGUCUGCUACCUCAUCCUCUUCCUCUGCCGAAGCUCCAGCAACCGAGGAGUUUUUCUUUCCUUGGCUAUCCUCAUCUACAUGCUCAUGGGAGAGCUGCAUAUGAUAGAUGCAGAAACUUGGCAUAAGAUGAGAGGCUCUCAGAUGGUGGUGGCCAUGAAGGCCAUUUCUCUGGCUUUUGACCUUGACAGAGGGGUGGUGUCCUCCUUUCCUACAAUGCUGGACUUCCUUGGCUACAUAUGCUUUGUAGGAACAGUCAUCUUUGGCCCAUGGAUUAGCUUCAGCAGCUACAGAGAUGCUGUGGAUGGCCGUAAAAUGACUGUUGCCUGGUUUGCAAAAAUCGUUCUAAGCUUUAUGAAGAGUCAGGUUUGCCUCGUCAUCUCCACCUGCAUCGCUCCAUAUCUCUUCCCUUACUUCAUUCCCAUAUAUGUCGAUGGGCUACCUCAUAGAUGGCUUCAUGCCUAUGAGAAUGCUGUGUCCUUCCACUUCAGUAACUACUUUGUUAGCUAUCUGAGUGAAACAACCAUGGUUAUGGCUGGGGCAGGAUUUUCUGAGCAUAAAGACAACCUCAAAUGGGAUAUUACAGUGGCAAAGCCUCUCAAUGUUGAAUUGCCUAGAUCCAUGGUGGAAGUAGUCACUUCUUGGAACCUGCCUAUGUCUCGUUGGCUGAACAAAUAUGUCUUCAAGAGUACACUGAAACUUGGUACUUUUCCUGCCAUUUUGGUGACGUACACUGCUAGUGCUCUACUACAUGGCCUCAGCUUCCAUCUAGGAGCAGUGCUCUUGUCUCUGGGAUUUAUCACUUACGUGGAGCAUGUUCUUCGAAAGAGACUAGCAGCCAUUUUCAGUGCCUGCAUACUGUCAAAGCGCUGUCUAAAUGACUGCAAGCAUCAGAACAAAACGAAUGUGUGGGUGUAUGGGAUUAAUCUUUUCUUCAGUGCAUUGUCCAUAUUUCACCUGACAUAUCUGGGCUCACUCUUUGAUCUGGAUGCUGAGGAUGAAAAGGGAUACUUGGCUAGUCACACUAUUCAGACAUGGUCAGAACUAAACUGGGCCAGCCACUGGGUGAUGCUAGGUUGCUGGGUCUUCUAUUGGCUCAUUUAAAGCGACAUAUGAAAACGUGAAACAUUGUCGUGUCUCGGCAGCCUGAAACUUUUCUUUGCUUUUCCACUCCUGUUGAGUGACCAUGAAAUUUGCCCAUUCAUCUUGCUUUCAUGCUUUAUUCUGAUACUGUAAAAUUUUAUAUUUUAGGCAUGAGACAUAAUUAAAAUGUCCUAGUUUUUGAUACAACAUUUGAUAUUUGACCAGAAAUAGCUUACAGUAGUGUAAAGAUAUUUAUUCUUUUCUAAUAAAACAUGAUGGUUCA